AUGGACAGUCACGAUAGAGCGGUAGCACAAAUCGCUGCUACCAUUCGCAAAUUUCAUGCUCGAAAAGAAAAAUUCCGAAUAUACCAUGGAUCGACAAACAGUACUCGUCAAUCUCAGUACCAACGAGACCGAAUGGUAGACACCUCAACACUCAACCAUGUUCUCAAAAUCGACACCAAGAGCAUGACUGCUUUGGUUGAACCGAAUGUUGCCAUGGAUGCUCUUGUGGAGGCUACGCUACAGCAUGGCUUACUUCCCCCAGUUGUGAUGGAAUUCCCAGGUAUCACGGUUGGAGGGGGGUUUGCUGGAACGGCGGGCGAAAGUUCGUCAUUCAAGUAUGGGUUCUUCGAUCGGACAAUCAAUUGCAUUGAGGUGGUUCUUGCCGAUGGAGAUGUCAUCAAAGCUUCCGCAACGGAGAACUCUGAUCUAUUUUAUGGAGCUGCAUCUUCGUUCGGGACACUGGGCGUCACAACGCUGCUUGAGAUUCAGCUGGUUGAAGCCAAGACCUACGUGGAGUUGGACUACCAUCCCGUCACGAGCAUCGCUGAAGCUCAGACUGUGAUUGCUAAAGCCACAGAAGAUACUACUACCGAUUAUCUGGAUGGGAUCAUGUACUCGAAAGACUACGGCGUCAUGUGUGUCGGACGACUCAUGAACGAAGUUUCGCCUGGCAGCAAAAUCCAACGUUUCACCCGCCCAACAGAUCCAUGGUUCUACAUCCACGUCGAACGCCUCAUGAAGAAUCGCAAAUCUCCUGCCAAGGAAUCAGUCCCGGUUGUUGAUUAUCUCUUUCGCUACGACCGAGGAGGAUUCUGGGUCGCGAGAUAUGCAUUCAAGUACUUCAUCACACCUUUCAAUCGUAUAACCCGCUUCAUUCUCGACUACUUCAUGCACACCAGAGUCAUGUACCACGCUCUACACCAGAGCGGCCUAUCCUCCUACUACAUUAUACAAGAUGUAGCAAUCCCAUAUAAGGAAGCGGAGACGUUCAUGUCCUACCUCGACACGAACUUCAAGCACUAUCCGAUUUGGCUCUGCCCGCUCAAGCAAAGCGGAAAACAAAUAGCAUCGACACACAGCCUCCAAGUGCAGAAAACCAAUCAGCAGAGACCGGAAAUGAUGCUCAAUUUCGGAGUGUGGGGGCCAGGUCCUACGCGGCGAGAAGACUUCAUACAGUGGAAUCGAGCGUUUGAGAAGAAAGUCGAUGCGUUGGGUGGCCAGAAGUGGCUGUACGCUCAUACCUAUUACACGGAAGAAGAGUUCGAUGAGAUUUAUGAUCGGGAAAAGUACGAUGCUUUGAGAGAGAAGUAUAACGCGACGUAUCUGCCGAGCGUCUAUGACAAAGUGAAGGUUGAUGUCGAGAAGGAGCAGAGCGCGAGAGAGGCGUCGUGGAAGGCGAGGUUGGUGGCGCUAUUCUGGAGUAUCUGGCCGCUCAUGGGUCUCUAUGGGGUCUACAAGGCUAUGAUGGGUGGGGAUUAUCUGCUGCCGAAAACGAAGAAGAAGGCUGCGAAGGAUGCGUAA